AUGCAAUCCUAUCUCCAGUAUAGACGUCUGCGACAUGCGGUUGACAGACAACUUGGAACCAACAGUUUCAAGGUGCAGCAGCAUGCCAAAACUCCCAUUGGCAUUGGAUCUGAUACUCCAGUCUCGUUUUUAUCCAGCGAGGAGACAGAAGGGAAUCUUGAAGGAGAUCCAGAGAAGGGAGUUGAUGAUAUCGCAUCAUUGCGAGGUAUUCAUGUUAGGUUAUCCCCUAGUACUAGUGGAAGUUCGCCAAGAAAGUUAUUUGUGGUUGACUGGGAGGGUGGAGAUGACGCCCUUUGUCCACGCAACUUCAGUCUUCUGAAUCGCAUGACGGCAACGUUAUUGGUCUCGGUAUUAUCAUUUUCUGUUGGAGCCGCUUCAUCCAUCACCUCUGCCGUGUUAUCGCAGAGUAGCGCGGAUCUCAACGUUAGUGAGGUUGCCGGGUCCCUGGUGACUGGAAUGUACCUCUUCGGCUUUGCAACAGGAUCUCUCUUCUCAGGGCCACUGUCCGAGAUCUUCGGUCGCAAUAUGGUCUAUCUCGGCUCGCUAGUUGUCUUCAUGCUCUUCGUGAUGGCUUCAGCUCUCGCUCCGAAUUACGCCGCAGAGCUCAUUUUUCGAUUCUUAUCCGGUGUCUUUGGUUCUCCACCUUUGACCUGUGCAGGAGGUACAAUCGCUGAUCUGUGGAACCCACUUGAGAAGACUUUCGCUUUCCCCUUCUAUGCCAUAUUUUCAUUUUCGGGACCCAUUCUUGCACCGGUGAUCUCUUCAUACAUGGGUCAAAGCAGUCUUGGAUGGCGUUGGGCCAAUUGGAUUAUUUUGAUCAUGUCAGGUGUCGUCAUGGUUAUAGUAAUCUUGUUACAGCCAGAGACCUACAGUCCACUGCUUUUGAAGUGGAAAGCGAAGCAUUUUCGUAAUAUCACCGGUGACAGCCGCUUUGUAUCUGAAAUGGAUAUUAGCCAUGCUGAAGUUGGAGGAUUUACUCGUAUCUAUGAUGCAUUGAAGCGAGAAUUUCUUCUUACUUUCCAGGAACCAAUUGUGCUCUUGAUCUCUUUGUAUAUGACUGUUAUCUACAUUAUCAUCUUCACAUUCUUUGAUGGUUAUGACUAUAUAUUUGGUGAGGUUCACGAAUUGUCUCAAGGUCUGACCAAUAUUAUUUGGGUGGCGAUGUUCGUCGGAAUGAUGGUGGCCGCAUGUCUCGUGCCGCUGAUAUAUCGGUGGACGAAGGUUGAGCUCAACCAACUUAAAGCAGAGGCGACGCAAAAAGGCUCUCACACCCGACCGGAGAAUCGUUUGUGGUUUGCUAUGCUAGGCGCACCGGCUAUUCCAAUCGGCCUGUUUUGGAUGGGAUGGACCGACUUUGCUCAUAUAUCCAUCUGGUCUCCGAUUGUUGCAUCUACCUUUGUAGGAUAUGGCACCAUCCUAGUAUUCAUCAGCUCUUACAUGUACGUGAUCGAUGUGUACGAUAUUUAUGCCGCAUCCGCCUUAUCCUUCAUGACCGUGUCUCGCUACUACGUAGCGGGAGGAAUGACGGUUGCUGGGAUUCCAUUUUACCGUAACAUGGGUGUUCAUUAUACCCUUACGAUUCUCGCAUGCAUAAGCUCAGUCAUGACGCUUUUGCCGUAUAUUUUCUAUCGCUACGGGCCAAAAAUCCGAAGCCGCAGCAAAUAUGCGACACACAAUAGGGACGGAGAAAAUGGGGCCAAUUGA